UUUGUUGAUACUCACUGGUUCUCUAGGUCGCUAUCAGAUAUGUGGCUGUACCUUUGCGCUAUAAUAAUAUUUUUAUGUGUUCUGGACCUGUGUCUAAACUAUAAUGAACGAGCUCGGAUGAUCAAGAAGUUACCGGGUCCUCCUGAUGACUUCAUCGUGGGAAAUGGACUCAGGAUUAUCAAAUCUUCAGUGGAUGUGAUGAAGGUGAGAAGAGAAUACGCCAAAAAAUGGAAUGGAAUCUAUCGUAUUUGGGCGUACCCGUUUGGUGCAGUGCUGGUAUUCAAUCCUGAAGAUGUUGAGCUGAUAAUGUCCAGCAUGAAGUAUGGCGAAAAGAGUAUCAUCUACACAAUUUUAAAGCCCUGGCUCCAAGAUGGAUUACUGCUCAGUAAUGGUGCAAAAUGGCAGGAGCGAAGGAAGAUCCUGACUCCUGCUUUCCACUUCAACAUCCUGCGUCAGUUCUGUGACAUCAUACAAGAGAACACGCAACGUUUUCUGGAAAAAUUGGAACAAACCGCUGGGCAAGAUGUGGAUGUUGUGCCUAUACUGUCUGAAUAUACACUUAACUCCAUCUGCGAAACUGCAAUGGGUACGCAAUUAUCUGAAGAUCUGACAGGCACAGUCCAGUCAUACAAGCAAGCUAUCUAUGAUCUCGGAUACGUAUUUUGUCAAAGGUUCAUCAGGAUCUACCUUUAUCCAGAAACAGUAUUCAAUUUGACUUCAUUAGGACGUAUGCAAAAACGAAGCGUAAAAACUGUAAAAAACUUUACUGAAGAUGUGAUAAAACAAAGGAGAGAUUACGUGGAACAAUAUGGUUUCCAUACAAUAGGAGAUAAUAAUGACAGUGAAGAAGUUUUUGUUUACAAGAAAAAGAAGAAGACUGCUAUGUUGGAUCUGCUCUUGUCUGCUGAGAAGGAAGGGCUGAUUGACAAAACUGGCAUCCAAGAGGAGGUCGAUACAUUUAUGUUUGAAGGACAUGACACAACCGCAUCUGGACUGACCUUCAUGUUCAUGCUCCUCGCUCACCACAAAGAUAUCCAAGAUAAAAUUGUAGAAGAACUGAAUGAAAUAUUAGGCGACUCGGACCGAUGGCUCACCAUGGACGACUUAGCCAAGAUGAAGUACAUGGAGCGUUGCAUCAAGGAGUCGCUGCGAAUCUACCCGCCAGUGCACUUUAUUAGCCGAAAGUUAAAUGAAACCACAGUACUAAGUGGCUACCAAGUACCAGCUGAUACUCUAUGCCACAUUCCCAUUUAUGACAUGCAUCACCGUGAAGAUUUGUUCGAAGACCCGGAGCGUUUUGACCCGGACAGGUUCCUGCCUGAGAACAGCGUGGGGAGACACCCUUAUGCCUACAUACCGUUCAGUGCUGGUCCUAGAAAUUGUAUAGGUCAAAAGUUUGCCAUGCUGGAGAUGAAAAUCGCCGUCGCGGAAGUAUUACGCAAGUUUGAAUUGAAGCCAGUGACGAAACCAUCAGAAAUUGAAUUUAUAGCCGAUCUUGUGCUAAGAAACAAUGGGCCAGUGAAAGUAAAUUUUGUUAAACGAAAGUAAUUAUGUACCAAAAACGUUAGUAUUUUGUAAGUUUCAGUACUUGGAGGUACUUAAUAGUAAGCUACAAAGAAGCAUGCAAAAGAGGAAUAAAAAUUAUUUAAUGUAA